CCAUUCGACUUCAAAUGUUUCUCCAGCUAUUCUCUCUUGUUUUAUGUGUAUCAUAUGCCUGUAGUACUUGCCUGGACAGUGGAGACAUAGAUAUCAAAGGAUUAUGCUUCAAGUUUGUGGCUCAACAGAUGACAUUUAAUGAUGCUCGUAAUUGGUGUCAUUACCAAAAUCCAGUCAUUUCAUCUUACUUGGCAUAUGUCCCCGAUCAGUACACCAGCAAUUUCUUGGCUUCCUACGCUCGCACUGCGUUUAGAUCUGCCAACGGAAUCUUUUGGAUUGGUCUGAGCCGUAACAAUAUUUCUAGUUGGGUUUGGGAUAACGGAAAUCCAGUGACAUAUACAAAUUUUGGCACACAACUCGGUCAGAACUAUGUGGCUGAAAGCUCGGCCAACUCAAAAUGGAGCACAUUUGGAGAAAAUGAUAAGAACUUCUUUGUAUGCAGUUAUGAUCCUGCUGCUCCACCAACUUUCCGACCUCCAAUUGUUACUACCACUCAAGUCCCUAUUACAGAAGACACAUCUUGCAAACCAAUUGGUUCAUUGACAUAUCUUUUUGCAUUCUCUAAUGACUUGGAUCCACAAGUUGUGAAAGAUUCAUGGAACAAUUUCCACGUCGGUGGCAUAGCAAUUGCAAGAUUUGACGUUCGUGAUGAAGAAGAUAUCGUAUACUUCACAGAUUUCAAAAACGCCACGGCAUAUUUGCUCGACCAUCUUCCUAAUUCAAAGUUAGGAUUUGGGGACACAAUGACAGGAAGUUCCAGCUUAAGAACUAUUGAAAAGUUCUACAACAGUAAAGAAAUACCGGUCUGCGGUGCUGUUUGCAUGGUUUUUUCAAAACGUUAGCCUAACGAGUCGGAUAUUUCGAAGACCGUUACCAUUGUUCGACAACAUCAUGGAAUGGUUAAUGCAAUUACAUCUAUUUAUCCAUCAGGAGGAACUCGAUCCAAAGCGCUUUAUAACUUAACUUCGAAAACAAAUGGAAUGAACAAUUGCGGAAAAGAUGAGGAUUUUGAAGAAGUACUUUCUUAACUUACUUAACUAGUUUAGUAUAAAACUGCGAAAACCUAUGUA